AUGGAGGGAAGCAACCACACUGUGACUGAGUUCAUCCUUCUGGGCUUCACCACAGAUCCCGUGAUGCAGAUGGUCCUGUUUGGAGUAUUCCUUGGGGUGUACUCACUGACCCUGCUUGGAAAUAGCACCCUCAUAGUGUUGAUCUGUAAUGACUCCCGUCUCCACACACCCAUGUAUUUUUUCAUCGGAAAUCUGUCUUUUCUGGAUCUCUUUAAUUUCUGCAAGGAUAACAUCAUUGAUGACUUUUUCUGUGAUUUGCUUCCCCUGGUGAAGCUGGCCUGUGGCAGGAAAGAUGGAUACCAGGCUCUGAUGUACUUCCUCCUGGCCUCCAAUGUGAUCUUCCCCACCACGCUCAUCCUGGCCUCCUACCUCUUCAUCAUCGCCACUGUCUCCAGGAUCCGCUCCACCCAGGGCCGCCUCAAAGCCUUCUCCACGUGCUCCUCCCACCUGAUCUCUGUUACCUUAUACUACAGCUCUAUUCUCUACAUCUAUUCUCGCCCCCGCUCUGGCUAUUCUUUUGAGAGCGACAAAAUAGUUUCCACAUUUUACACUGUAGUAUUCCCCUUGUUGAAUCCCAUGAUCUACAGCCUGAGGAAUAAGGAUGUGAAAGAGGCUCUGAAUAAACUCUUAAAAUAA